UCAAAAGUCCAAACAGAAUGUGUAGAUAUGAAUCAAACUUUUGUGGGUGACACAUUUGUCUAACUUAAAAGAAUUCUUCUCAUCAUUCAAGUCUUUGCUGUUGAGGAAUAAAUUUGAUGAUUUACAAAUCUCUUAAAGUUAUUUGAUACAAAGGAGAGAAAUUUUUCUGGUGGAUUAUAUGAGGGAGAAAACUCAACAACAUUUAUAUCCAAUCCUCCUAUAAAAAAAAUAUGGAAUAAUCGCCCUCACCAAAAAUUGAAGAUCAUUUGUCCUCAUCAUUUGUGCUGUAUAAUUUGUUGAGAUGGCAUUCUUACAGGAUAAAGAAAAAUUACCUUUUCCAUAAGCUUAAUAUAUAUACUUUUUGUUAUUAUACAGAAAAAUGCUUAGUUAGGUGGCUUGUUUGUAAAUAUCAAUAUGUUUCCUCUCUUUAUGAUGCUGGUUUUAAACAAGGUGUCUAAAGAUGGUUGGAAGUGGAUGCUCCCUGACCUAUGGGGGUGUUUACAUGAAGUACCCUCCUUGUAAUGCUAAAUCUUACAACUCAGCGUCAGCAUGCAUCUCUGCUUUGCCGCACAUGGUUGCAUUGUCAAGCAUUAAGAGUUUAUGGGGACCUCGCCAGGAUCUAAAACCAUUCUCUACCAGAGGAAUUCCGUGUUUGCUUACAUCUGCUGGCUCAUCACCAUUUUCAAGUGUGGAAAAGGGUGGCUUGUCAGAUACUAUACCAAAGUUACACACAGGACGUCGAUAUUUAAUGUCUCCAAGAGCAUCUAAGGAUGUCCCUUAUAGUUUCCGAUACCCUGCAAUGACCAAGAAGCCAAGAUGGUGGUGGAGGACUUUAGCUUGCCUUUUCUACUUGAUGCCACUCCACGAAACAUGGAUGUAUGCUGAGACAGCAUAUCGACUCCAUCCCUUCUUGGAGGAUUUCGAGUUUUUAACCUACCCUUUCUUAAGAGCAAUGGGAAGCUUGCCUAGCUGGUUCUUAAUGGCGUAUUUCUUCGCUGCAUAUCUCGGAAUGGUGAGGAGAAAGGAAUGGCCUCAUUUUUUCAGGUUCCAUGUAGUGAUGGGCAUGCUGCUGGAGAUUACCCUGCAGGUGAUUGGGACUGUGAGCCGCUGGAUGCCGCUUGCUGUUUAUUGGGGUAAGGUUGGAAUUCCGUGUUUGCUUACAUCUGCUGGCUCAUCACCAUUUUCAAGUGUGGAAAAAGGUGGCUUGUCAGAUACUAGACCAAAGUUACACACAGGACGUCGAUAUUUAAUGUCUCCAAGAGCAUCUAAGGAUGUCCCUUAUAGUUUCCGAUACCCUGCAAUGACCAAGAAGCCAAGAUGGUGGUGGAGGACUUUAGCUUGCCUUUUCUACUUGAUGCCACUCCACGAAACAUGGAUGUAUGCUGAGACAGCAUAUCGACUCCAUCCCUUCUUGGAGGAUUUCGAGUUUUUAACCUACCCUUUCUUAAGAGCAAUGGGAAGCUUGCCUAGCUGGUUCUUAAUGGCGUAUUUCUUCGCUGCAUAUCUCGGAAUGGUGAGGAGAAAGGAAUGGCCUCAUUUUUUCAGGUUCCAUGUAGUGAUGGGCAUGCUGCUGGAGAUUACCCUGCAGGUGAUUGGGACUGUGAGCCGCUGGAUGCCGCUUGCUGUUUAUUGGGGUAAGGUUGGUAUGCAUUUUUGGACUGCAGUUGCAUUUGCGUAUAUGUUUACAGUGUUGGAGUGUAUAAGGUGUGCUCUUGCUGGGAUGUAUGCUGACAUUCCAUUUGUGUGUGAUGCGGCAUACAUUCAAAUACCUUAUGACUAA